AUGAUCAUGCGCGUGAGCUUUAUUGGUUACCUCGGCCUCCUACAGAUGCCCCAGCUCGUGAUGAAUCCAAGCCUCUUGAUGAAGCCGAGCCUCUUGGCGAUGCCUCUCCAGACCAGGUUUUGGUGGACUCUCCCGCAACCUCUCCUUUCACAGUUGUCGACUCAACCAUUCAUGGGUCUCCUCCUAGAGCUUCGUCCUCCUCUGUUGCCACGGACAGCCCUGUUGCCUCCGAUGAGUCUCUGUGUUCUUCUCCCACACCACCACCUCUGGUGUCUCCUCGUCACGGUGAUUGCGUUCGAAGUCAUCAUAAGCACCUCGACUUAA